AUGGCCUUGCGAAGGACAUCUCCUCGUCCUUCGAGACCGGACCCUCCUGGUGCGACGUCGUCAUCCUCGUCCAAGGCAGCAGAUUCUACUCCUGCAAAGGUGAUCGUCGCUUCCGUCUCUCCCUAUUUUCGGCAAAUGUUCUCGACCGACUUCAGAGAUGUCUCCCAGAGAGAGAUCAGGUUGGAAGGAUUCACAAACAUCGGAUUCGAGCCCAUUUGGGAUUACAUAUAUGGAACGCGAAUAGAAGUAGAAGGGGAGGAAGGGGCAUUGGCUACUUUCCGAGAUCCGCAUUUUCUCGGUAUGAAACGUUUGUGCCAAAGAAUUAGCGCGACCAUAAAGGCAUUCCUGGAUUCGGAGAAUGCCUUUCGUGUCCUUCAAAUCGCCGAACAAUACGAUUACCAAGACUUAAGGGAAGCUGCCGUUGCGCAAAUUUCUCUCCGUUUCCACGAGGUCGUGCAAUCACGGGACUCCAUGAGUAUCUCGUUCGAGACCCUGUCUUCGUUCUUGGGUCGAAAUGAUUUAGUAGUUUCCUCAGAAAAGGAAGUGUACGAAGCGACGCGGAAAUGGCUGGAUCACGAUUCGAGCCGGAAACGCCAUUUACCGGAUCUCCUGGAGAAAAUCCGCCUCCCUCUCCUGCCGUACGAAUACCUAAUGUCGGUGCUGCUGAAAGACGCAGUUAUUUCCGGGGAUCCGAGGUGUAAUAAGGCCAUCACAGAUGCGAGGGACUUUCACAUUCCAGAACUCCGGCACACCGUCCCUAAGGAAAAAACCAGAUCGCGAGCGACGCCGGAUUCCAUUUGGUGCAUGAACGGCAACGGCAUCAUCUAUCGCAUCAGACCGAAUAAUUGGGACUUGGAUGGAAUCACUCGCAAUCCUUUAAAUGUUCAUCAUGCCUUUGCAGGAAUCGACAGAAAACUGUACGUGACAGGGAAGAGCGAGAUGAAGAUAUUUGACACUGAGAAGAAUGAAUGGAUGGAAGGGCCGAAGCCUCCCGAGUACUUUCGAUGCCCGGCGACUGCAGUCUCCCCCGGAUCCAUAUUCAUCUGCGGUGGACAUAAUGAAAAUAAUGAAAAUGAAAGAAGUGCAUUUCGCUAUGAUGUGGGAUCACGGGAAUGGGUGCGACUCGUCGAUAUGAAGUAUCACCGGCGGUUAGCAGGCGCGUGUUAUCACGACUCUUGCCUUCACGUCAUCGGAGGAAACCCAAAUUCUAAUAAGCACGAGCAUCUGGAUCUGCGCACAUCCCGAUGGGAGGAGCUGGCUCAGUUCCCGAAACAGUGGUGGUACCAUGCCCUCUCGCCUCGAUGA